AAAACCCAUCCUUGGCAAGAAGAAGUUGCAGCCUCAUCCGAAUAUAAUCCAGGUGAUCCGAGCGUUCACAUCCUCUGUCCCUUUGCUGCCUGGAGCUUUCACAGACUAUCCCGACGUUCUUCCAUUAAGCCUGAAUCCCAGAGGGAUUGGUCACUUUUCUUCCUGGUGAUGAAGAAGUUUUCUCCUUGUUCUGACUAGUUAUCCCUGCACCCUGCGCCAGUAUCUGAGGGAGAGCAGUCUGGAUGUUUGUCUCUCCACGAUGAUGAUUUUACAGCUCUUGGAAGGGGUGGACCAUCUUGUUCGACACGGGAUAGCCCACAGAGACCUGAAGUCUGACAACAUCCUGGUUGAAUUUGAUUCUGCUGGCUGCCCCUGGCUGGUGAUCACGGACUUCGGUUGCUGUUUGGCAGAUGAAAACCUUGGCUUGAGACUGCCCUUCACCAGCUCUUACGUGGAUCGAGGUGGCAACGGCUGUCUGAUGGCACCUGAGGUGAUCACAGCGUCGCCUGGUCCGGGCACGGUGAUCAACUACAGUAAAGCCGACGCGUGGGCUGUUGGAGCCAUCGCCUAUGAAAUCCUUGGCCUGGCCAAUCCUUUUUACGGCCACGGGGACUCGACUCUGGAGAGCAGAAGUUACCGUGAAGACCAGCUGCCAAACCUGCCCCAUCACGUGCCCCUGGAGGUGAAACAAGUGAUAAAGCUGCUGCUUCAGAGGGAUCCCAACAAGAGAUUGUCUGCUAGAGUCGCUGCUAACGUGCUUCACCUAAGCCUCUGGGGUGAAAACGUUCUCGCAUCCAAGACCCUGAAACCCGACCAGAUGAUCGCCUGGCUUCUCUGCCAGUCUGCGGCCGCUUUGCUCACGGACAGACUGGUGGAUAAACACCGGGUGGAAACCAAAAUGAAGAUGUGCUUUUUGGCAAACCUUGAGUAUGAAGACCUCUGGGCAGCAAUAUUCCUGUUGCUGGCCUGGAGAAGCCGGUCUGAGUGA